AUCGUUUUUUUUUGUUUUUGUUUGUUGUCGACUUGUCCUGUUAUGUGUUAUGAGUUGUUGAAAGUCAACCAACAAGGGGACUCUUCAUGGUUUUGUGUUGUGCUAAUUUGCAUUAAUUGAAGCAAACUGCUUAAAAAUAAAUCAAUUUGAAGGGUUCCAUUAAAAAGUUGGUAUUUUUUAUUCAGAGAAAUGAGUGGAAACUAUUCACCAUCAGUUUCAAUUCCCUUAAGGCCUACAGACAGGACUGACAACUAUUUUCGAGGAAUUUUUAAUAAGUAUGAUCGAGACGGAGAUGGCUUUCUUACCAUACGAGAACUAAAUGAGAUGAUUGAAAGUAAGGAAUAUGAAAAGGAUAUUCCUUUACACUGUGUGAAAAAGAUCCAUGAAAUGCAUGAUAAAAACAGGGACAGGAGAUUAAAUUUUGAGGAGUUUAUCGAGAUGAUACAUAAUCCGGAAUUAAAUAGUAUUUUUGGUCAUUAUAUUACAAGGUAUAUCAACUGGAUUGUUCCCAAACCGGGUCGUCCAACAAGUCAUACUGUCACAGAUGGUGAAUAUGAAGAACAAUAUUCUUGUUACCCACCGGCGGUUGGCAUGAUUCUUAUCUCUCUGGUGGAAAUCAUAUUUUUCUGUAUUGACGAAGCAACAAUAAAGGAUUCUACAAAAUCUGGAAGUGGACCGACAGCCACAUUAUUUAUUUAUGAGCCUUAUAAAAGAUAUGAAGUGUGGAGAUAUGUUACUUAUAUGUUUGUCCAUAUUGGGGUUUUUCAUCUUUUUGUGAAUCUAGCCGUUCAAAUUCUCUUGGGGUUACCUUUGGAGAUGGUGCAUAAAUGGUGGCGAGUGCUCAUCGUGUAUUUUGCUGGAGUUUUAGCUGGUUCUUUAGCCACCUCUAUUACAGAUCCGAAUGUUAAAUUAGCUGGUGCCAGUGGAGGAGUGUAUUCCCUUAUUACGGCACAUGUUGCAUCAAUUAUUAUGAACUGGAAGGAGAUGGCUUAUCCGCUUCUACAGCUAUUAGUGUUUAUUAUAGUAGCAGCUAGUGAUGUAGGCACCGCAAUUUAUUAUAGAUAUGUACUAAAUAAGAGAGAAAGCAUAGGAUAUGUUGCACAUUUUGGAGGUGCUUUAGCAGGCCUAUUAGUAGGCAUCAACAUUCUUAGGAACCUUUCAGAAACCAAAACAGAGAAAAUCAUUUGGUGGGUGUCAAUAACGAUAUAUACGUUCCUUAUGGCUAUGUGCAUCAUUUGGAACAUCUCUUGGACAAGCUACUUUCCUACGGAUGCAACUUGGCAGAACUACCUGAAGUAUAAUCAAACUAGGAGUCAUAACUAAACCUUGAGAGAUAAUCUCUAAAUAAUGGAUGUACAAUUUGUCAUCUAGUACAAAGAAAACAAUAUUUUUUUAAAAGAGUUAUAAGGUUUUUAUGGUAUUUAAGUCGGUUUGUAUCAUUUUUUCGCACCUACUUUAUAUAGUUAUAAGUUUGUAACACUUCAAUAGUUCCUCAGUACAUAAACAUUUCCAAAAUGAUUUUAGUUAUUGAACAUCGAAAAAUUUAUUUCAGUUGCUCAAUUUUCGACCAUAAAUUUCCUAUUUUUUGAGUUCCAGAAUCUCAUUUUAAUUCUCACUUGUUUACUUUGAUUCUCUAUUAAUCUAUUUUUCUGUGAUACAGACAAUUAUUACUUACAAUAUGAAGAUUUAUUUAUUUAUGUUUUUAUGUUACUUAAACUUAAAGGGUUUCUUUUCCCUUAUAUGAGAUUUAUAGUAUUUAUUAAAAGUGAGUCGAAAUUAGUUGUCAUAGUUUAA